GCAGCCAAUGACAUUCCAACAUGGAACGAUUACUUUGAAUUAAGAAAGAAGCGUCGCGUGUACGAGCUGGUCUCAUGCGUGCCUAGCACUAUUGCACCUGCCAUGGGCUCGAUCUCGUAUUUUGCACAACUCGAAAUUGAUCCCUUCACAACCUUUUUUGGCAUGGAUCCAGUUAUGGCUUCGGCUUUGGCCACUGUUGGUGCUGGCUUUGGUGGUUUCAUGUUUGGCCCAGUUCUCGGUAACUUGUUGUUCAAAGCCAUGAACAACAAAAUUGUCCCUUCGAUGGAUCGCCGCGACAAGGUCUUUUACGAGCAUAUUAAAGCAAACCGUGCCGAUGCUCGAUUGAAUUCGAUCCGUAACCCUGUGCCUGAUUACUAUGGCGAAAAGAUUCAGUCUGUAGCGGAUUAUCGUGCCUGGUUGCGGAAGCAGCGCGAACAUUAUAGAAAGGGUGUUUUUGGUGGCAACUCAGAUGACUUGGAUAACUAG